AACAGCCUACAGCGCUCAGCCCUGCCUCCCAUCCCCAGUGCUUCUGGGGCAAGUAAAUAAAAGGCGUGUACAAGAAUACACUGCUGUAGUACUUAACUAGGUUGCACUUUACAUCACUAAAGACUUCCAUGCCAUCAUAUUUAAAUUCACAAUAGACACUUAAAAAAUGGGUUUUUCAGCCAAAGGCUUCUACAUCCACAAAGGCUUUCAAAACACCUUUACUGCACUCAGACAGCUGUGACAAUCAGGUCAACAUCCGUUUGAGUGCCUUUGAUGUAGCCUUCCAGGUCCGAAGAAAAGGGAGAUGAAAGAGAACUUUUCCUCAAGCUGCUGGCACUGCUUUGAACAAAUAAACUGUCACAACUGGGACAGAUGAGAACUCAGAGAAAGUGCACCUAAGUGAGAGAUGUAAACAAGACGUGCAGCUUACUCUGAAUGUCUGACAACCAGACAGAGCAGCGAAACCAGAAGUCCUAGCAGACACCCAGAUGGCUGUGACCUACACAACAAGCCAAGGAACUUCAAGGAGGUUCUCGAAAAAGAGCAGGGCUGUAGGAGCCACCUCAGAACAGAUUAGAAAUUAACCGGACAUGAACAAGCGCUUCAGAAUUAUCUGAUGGGUCAGGAAACCUGUACCCAGAGGGGUAUCAGAACCAUGACGAUGUGGGCCAAAAAUAUAAAUACAUGACCUGGGGUUGAAACAAUAAUAUUGCCAGACCUAUGCUGAAACGGGUAAGAGAAGCACAUCAGCGGGAGUGGGCGGUUAACUCUGCUUCAGCUCUGUAGUUUUCCCAAAGAUACCACUUAUGACCUGCAGCGUGAGCUUCUUAAAAAAUGAAAUUAUAGAUCAGCAUAGUUUUAAGACGGUAUACCCUUUCUCCAUUUUCCUCCAAUGGCCAAAUAUUGGAAAACUACAGCACAGAAUCACGAUUCUGAUAUCCAUGAAGUCAAGACACUUAAGUUUUUUUCAUUCAUAGCCACAAGAGCUCACGCCCCGUAACUUCUAAUGCUGUUAUAAUUCACCCAAGCUCUGUCAGCGCCUACAGCGGACACCGAAGAAAGGUAUUCAGAAACUACACGCAGUGAUCAGCCGCGGUCCCAGCGCUAGUGCCGGCCGAGACCACGAAGGCAGCGGAACAGAAGCCCCGCCCCUUCCGUCCCGGCGGACUAACAGCAGCCCGAGGUCCGGGCAGUUUCCAAAGCCGACUGAGUAGAGCCGGAAGUGGGCGGCAGCUCCCCGCCCCCCGCAACUACGCGGAAGCCUCCAUCCAACAUGGCGGACCUCAACCGCCAGCUGCAGGAAUAUCUGGCGCAGGGGAAAGCGGGCGGCCCAGCGGCCGCGGAGCCACUGCUCGCCGCGGGCGAGGCGAAGGAGCCCGCGGCGGGGGCCGGGGCGUGGUUGGGCCGCGCGGGCCUGCGCUGGACGUGGACGCAGAGCCCCGCGGAGCAGGCGGCGGGACAGACGUGUCUGCCCAGCGUGACGCGCACUCAGCGGCUGAUGGCGAGUGGCGUGUGCCUGCUGCUGGCUGCGUUCUGCUUCGGCCUGGCCGCACUCUACGCGCCUGUACUGCUGCUACGCGCCCGGAAGUUCGCGCUGCUGUGGUCGCUGGGUUCUGCGCUGGCACUAGCGGGAGGCACACUCCUGCGAGGCGGCGCAGCGUGUGGACGCCUGCUGCGCGGAGAGGAGGCGCCCUCCCGGCCCGCGCUGCUCUACGUGGUCGCGCUAGGCGCGACGCUAUACGCGGCGCUGUGUCUGCGGAGUACGUUGCUCACAGCGCUGGGCGCCUGCGCACAAGUGGCCGCACUGCUGGCCGCGUUGCUAGGCGUGCUACCGCGGGGCGCGGGCACCGCUCUGCGCAUCACGCUCGGGCGCUUGGGCCCAGGCGCCGCCCUCGCCAAGGCACUCCCCGUUUGA